AAGAUUUCCCAUAAUGCCCAGCUGUGUUUUGAAGGAUUUGACAGUGUGCAGAUGCAGUGCUCUAGCAGCUGUUCGUUAUUUUGGAAAAAACUAGCUAGUGAAGUGUUGUUAUUCAGUAAGACUGCUGUAUGACGUUAACUCUGAAGCAACUGAGUAUAUGCUUGUAGUUGUUAACCAAUCGUAACUCCCUACAACUAGCAAACAUUAAGACUUCUGUAAAUAUUAGCUAAAUUAGCUAGCUAGCAUCGAUCCAGCUUGCUAAUAUCAACAUCAGAGAUUAGUUAGCUUGGAUAGUCAAAAUGUUGAAGACUGUCAUACUCAUCGGAGGUCCGCAGAAAGGCACUCGGUUUCGACCGUUGUCCUUUGAAGUCCCGAAACCGUUGUUUCCAGUGGCAGGAGUGCCAAUGUUGCAGCACCACAUUGAAGCGUGUGCAAAGAUCCCAAACAUGAAGGAGAUCCUGCUUGUUGGGUUUUACCAGCCAAACGAGGAGCUCAAUCGAUUCCUAAUGUGUGCCCAACAGGACUUUAAAGUGUCUAUCCGGUACUUGCAGGAGUAUGCUGCUCUUGGAACAGGGGGAGGCAUCUAUCACUUCAGAGACCAGAUCCUGUCUGGAGCUCCAGAGGCUUUCUUCGUCUUGAAUGCUGAUGUGUGCUCAGAGUUUCCACUUCCUGAGAUGCUGGCAUUUCAGAAAGAGCAUGGGGACACACACAGCUUCGUCAUCCUUGGGACAACUGCCAACAGAAAACAGUCCAUGAACUAUGGAUGCAUUGUAGAAAACCAACAAACAAAUGAGGUUUUGCAUUAUGUGGAGAAGCCCAGCACAUUUGUGAGCGACAUCAUAAACUGCGGGAUAUACCUGUUCACACCAGACAUAUUCCAGCACAUCGGAGCCGUCUUCCAAAAGAACCAGCAGGACAUGCUUUUGGACGAACAAUCUAACGGCUGGCAUCGGGCCGAGGUGAUCCGUCUGGAGCAGGACAUCUUCACUGCGCUUGCAGGCCAGGGCAAACUCUACGUCUACAAAACCCACCGCUUCUGGAGCCAGAUCAAAUCAGCAGGGUCUGCAAUAUAUGCCAGUCGACUGUAUCUUAACCAGUACCAUCAAACUCAUCCCGAGAGGCUGACCUCAAAUAAAGAUGUAGGGCCCAAGAUCAGUGGGAAUGUGUACAUUCAUCCAACAGCCAAUAUUGACCCUACAGCAGUGCUAGGCCCUAAUGUGUCCAUAGGAAUGGAUGUGACGAUAGGAGCAGGCGUGCGAGUGAGAGAAUCCAUCAUCCUCCAUGGUGCCACCCUACAGGAUCACAGUUGUGUACUGAACAGUAUCGUUGGAUGGGAUAGUACUGUUGGAAAGUGGUCUCGAGUGGAAGGCACUCCCAGCGACCCCAACCCAAAUGACCCCUAUGCUAAGAUAGACAGUGAAACUCUCUUCAGGGAUGGGAAACUCACACCAUCAAUAACCAUUCUAGGUUGCAAUGUGAAUAUCCCAUCUGAAGUCAUCAUACUGAAUUCUAUAGUCCUCCCUCACAAAGACCUGAAUAGGAGUUUCAAGAAUCAAAUAAUUUUGUAGGUAACUUUUUAAAAUAUGUAAAAUAAUUACAAUGAACUAAUAAAUGUCAUUUGCAGGGAUUAUGGCAGCAGAAUGUGAUGUAUGAAGCAAGAUUUUUGUUGACAUUAACUUUGCACCCACAAGGCUUAGCUUAGGCAUUGGAGAGGUGCAACAAGGGGUUUGUGUAGAGACUCUGGGCCGCUCAAAAAUGGAUGUGACCGUUAAGUAUUGCUAUGUGAAAUGUGAACCUUUGUUACACUACCACAAGUAUAUUCAUGUGUUCUUUACAGACAUUUAUUUUGUUUGUGAGACUCCCCCAAACACACACUCAAGUUAGCCCUGCCAAAAAAUGUAGACAAAUCACUGAGGGGGGGGGGGGGGGCACAGCAUAAUCUUUGGGGAACUGUCAUUCUGUCAGCCUCUCAUUAGUUAUUCUGGUGGUGUUCAAUCAUGUCAGAACGGAAUCUGUUAAACUUUAUCAAAUGUCAUUUUGCAUUAUGAUGUCAUUAUGUUGAAAGACUGAUAGAGGCUUUCAUGAAAACUGUUAGAAUUUUUUUUUUACCUGCAGUGUAAAACAAACAAAGCUUCCAACUGUGUGCCAAGGGAGUUGGGGAUAAGGAUGCAGAACAAUUAAAUUAACUGUACUAAAAA